UAUCAACAUUGAGAUUACGACACAGCGUCUGACUGGUUGUGCGCGUGAACAACUUCAACAUUAAUUUUAGACAAAUCGAACGUGCGCGUUUGCCGGAUGUUUGGUCCCUAACUGUCGUUAGUGUUGUUUUAGUGGAUAAUGUAAAUAAUAAAAGUUGUUGUUCCGUCAAACAAAUUAUAUAUUUUGAUAAUCGCCUAGAUAACGUGCCUACAAAAUGGAUUUUUUCGAUAUUCUCCUGCAGGCUGGGUUGAUCACCUCUGCCUUAGCUGCGUACCUAAUAUUUUUCAGAAAACCUACAGCGCAGAAGGGUAAUUACAAAAGUCCAGGAUGGAACUAUCCUCUGAAAUUACUCGUCGCGCGGUAUGUGGUGAAGCGGUGGAAAUCUCAAAUACCGGAGGCGGAGGCAAAAGCAAUCGAAAUGCCUCGGGCGUCGCAACACGAGGGUUGGGACUGCAUGGGUUUUCGCGCAAGUGCACCAAAUGGAACCACGAUAUUGUUGGGAAUACGUAAACUGUGCGGCAGGCAGUCUCUCGCAGAAGUCACAGUUCAUGUAAAGUUACAAGAUGGUACCUCAUACAAGCUACCACAACAUCCCGAUACGGCUGUAGGGGCAUGGGUAGCAGAGCACGAUGGAUGGCGCACUGGAGGUCUUAAAUUUCAAAUUUUAGAGCCCGAACUUCAAGUGAGGAUUUUGUACAAUGGUCCCCUCACCAGAGUACAUGACAAUGUUACACAACACGCUAAAAUGAAUUUCAUAUGGGCAUCUGUGACUAAACCUCUUGAUCAUCCUAAACAUUGGAGCAACGAGUUAGCUGCGCAGGCGCUGGCACUAGAGCCAUGGCGGGACGACGAAUGGACAAAUAUGUUAGGGAAAUGGGCCGACGGAAGCUCGCUUCAAUGGGGUGCAAUACAAGGACGUGUCCAAACCUUCGAUAUAAACGGAGUUAUUGAUAGGAGUGAGUACUUGCAAACACGAGGCGUGAAGGAACGCUCGUGGGCGCCGCACGGGUACGAGGGUGUGAGACGAUCCUUUACUCUGACGGCGAUGGCGAGAGACGGCACGGGGGUGAUGUUGCGCGGAAUCUCGUACAAAAACAUUUUGACACAGUGUUUAUCUGGUUGCGUCAGGUUUCCAGAUUACACGGUGCAGAGUAUUAAAUCUACCAAUCUGAUAAUGUCAGACUUCUGCGAGACUGUUGAAGGUGUUCCUAAAGCUUACUCAAUAAAUGUUAAAACCAAAAAGCGUGAACUAACCUUGCUCAUCCGAAUCAGCCCCGCUAGUGGUAAACUACACAGCGGAGUGCCUUACCAACAAGACUUUGACUAUAGAACAGUUGAAGUUGUAAUUGACUCGGAACAAGGAACUGGUAUCUUAGAACUUACCUAUCAACCAGCUGAAAUAUUGCAACCAUCUAUCCCCUUGAUUCCUGCACCUCUGUUAAACUGGCUGGAUGAGAAACAAGCUGGAAGGGUGGGGUAUUGCCUUGCUUUCGAGGACCGGGCAGCUGCCUGUUCAAGCUAUGUCGGAGGGAAAGGAGCGUCCUUGGCACUGCUAGCAUCUGUGCAGAAGGACGAGGGAUACCGCGUCCCUCCUGGAUUCUGUUUGACAAUUCGCGCUUUAGAACAACAUCUGCAAGCGAAUCCUAAACUACGCGCAGCUAUACGUGAAAUCGAGGAGGCGAAUAAAAAUUAUGAUGAAACUAACUUUAAAAAUAAAUGUGAAGUGGCAACAAAAUUGUUUGAAUCGAUUUACAUACCAGACGAUGUAAGGGACGAAGUUUUAUUUCAAAUGAAAGAAUUGAGGAGGAAUGCUACAGAGCAAAAUCUCGGUCCAGAAUUACGUUUUGCUGUUAGAUCAUCAGCGGUGGGCGAGGACAGUGAGGCGUUGUCAGCGGCGGGACAGAACGAAACGAUACUUGGUUGUAUCAGCGACGAAGACGUAUUGAAGGGCAUACAAAAAUGCUGGGGAUCUAUGUUUGCUUUCACUAGCGCUUACUAUCGACGACAAAACGGGCAGGCGUGCUUGUGCGGCGGCGGCGUGGUGGUGCAGGCGCUCGUCGCCCCCCGCGCGGCCGGCGUCAUGUUCACAAGACACCCUGACGCCGGGGACGCCUCACGACUGCUCAUCACUGCUAACUACGGACUUGGAGAGAGUGUGGUUUCCGGCGCAGUGGAACCAGACACGAUAAUUAUAAAACGGGAAAUGGAUGGUCGUCUAUCUAUUCUGAAGACUGAUCUAGGAUCGAAGAGGCAACGAGUAGCGACAUCUGGCUCUGGAGUGGUCAUGGUAGACGUGCCUGAGGAUGAACGGCGUACCGCGUGUAUAACUGAAGACGAGGCUUUGAAACUGGCGAGGCUGGGCGUAGCUCAGGAAAAGCUGUGGGGCGCGGGAAGAGAUAUCGAAUGGGCUGUUACCGAAAAUGAUAUAUUCUUACUGCAAGCCCGGCCUAUUACGUCACUGGAGCGGUGGACUGACGAGGAACUAUUGCAUGAACUUGACUUCCCUAUCAUGGCGGAUGACGAACUCACGACCUUCGGCAACACUGGUGAGGUAUUGCCAAAACCGAUAACGCCAAUGAGCUAUGAUGUUAUGAUACGGCCCCUUUCAAAAGGCAUGGACGUCACCAUCGGCACCAAUGGCAGCGGAUUCGACAAAAGCGUUAUAAUGACUCACAAUCGAUGCGUUCUCUCUAUGUAUAACUCAAUAUAUAAAAAAGCUCCAAAAGAAAUCGAUAUCAAUAUUCGUAUGGUUGAAAUGGCCAUAAACGGACACAAGGUCGCUGACGAGGAAAUAUUGAAAACGGCACUCCACAGGCGACCACCACAUUGGACAGAUAGACUGGCGAUGAUAUGGACAUUGGUGAAGUCAUUAACAACAUCUAAGAGGAGAUUGAAUGACUCAAUUAAGUUAGCUACAAAUCUGACCGUGGGGGAAGAAUCUAAGGAUGUCUACUCACUGUUGGACGAAUUAUCAAAGUUGGACGAGUUGGUGGCACGGUUCGUGUACAAUCACAGCAUAACUAGCACUGCGAGUACGUCGAGCCAGUUCAUUGUCAUGACUGUGCUUCUGGAAGGAAGUUCAGAAUUCACGCCAGAGCUAUGCAAUGAAAUUGGCACUCUGCUGAGUGUGGGAGACGUACUCUCGGCGGAGGUGCCGCAAGCGUUGGCGAGACUCGCGAGACAACUGGAGCAGUCUGGAAUGUUCGACGCCUUCCGCGCACAACAUCCUAAAGACGCCAUGCAAUGGCUCAAGAAGAACUUGCCGCAUGUCUAUUUGGAUGUUUGCAUAUUUCUAGAACAUCACGGCCACAGAGCUAUUAUGGAAUUCGAUUUGUCUACAAAACCGUGGAUAUUAGUUCCUGAAGAAAUGAUGAAGGUGCUGCAAAAUUUACGAGCCACGCCCGAGGAAACCCAGAAACCAAAAACUGUAGAAGAGACUAUCGCGUCUUUGAAGAAUACUAAACAACCAAAGACACUGAAAAUUCUUCCAUGGGUGUUGCCACUCUGCCGCAGAACAGUAUCCCACCGAGAAGGAACCAAAGCACACUUGAUAUUGGGGUUACAUAAAAUUCGGCUCGCAUUCUUACGACUAGCCGACAUGCUUAUUCAAAAUUGGUAUUUGCCGAAUCGUGACGUCAUCUUCUUCUUUCGUUUGCAUGAACUGCAAAAGUAUGUGCAGACUAGAGAUCCUGCACUUUUGAAGAAAGCACUGCAGCGCCAACAAUACUACGCGUCGUGGUCAAAACUGAAGUUUGCUGAAGUGAACACUGGCUGGGUGGUACCGCUGGAAACCAAGGGACCUUCGUUCACUGCUGGUGAUGUGAAGAUAGAAGGAACGUCCGUGUGCGCGGGCGAGGUUGUUGCCAGAGCUUGUGUCGUUAAGGACCUUUCUGAGAUCGGUCAACUUCAACAAGGCGAUGUCCUGAUAACCCACGCGACAGAUAUCGGGUGGUCACCAUACUUCCCAUUGCUGACGGGCAUUGUUACUGAACUUGGCGGGCUGAUUUCUCACGGUGCAGUUAUCGCUCGCGAGUAUGGCUUGCCAUGCAUAGUGGGAGCAGCGGAAGCCACCGACGUCUUCAAAACAGGAGACAUGGUGCGACUGUCGGGUACCAAUGGCGUCAUUGAACGCGUCAAAAUAAACGACAAAUCCAUUGAAUGUGUCGAUUGCCAGUAACGUUGAUGAAUUAAUAUAUUUAAAAACCAAACCAUUUAAA